CUACGCGUUAACAUGGAGCGCUCAAUCGAAUCGUUUUAUUGUACCGGCACUUCAUAAAAGUACAAAAAAAAAGUUAGAUGACGAAAAACAAAUGCUACUGACUAUGCUAUGUACGAAAAGCACUAAAACAAACAAACCCCAAAGGUGCCAGAAGCAGUUGAGUAAACAAAACGAAGUAUCUACGUCGAUCGAAAUAAUUUGCGAAGACCAGGUCGAAUUUCGUAGUUGAUAUCAGUUGAGAUUGAUUCGGAAGAUGAACUACUUGUCGCUUCUAUUGAUAGUAACGUUGGCCACAUCAGCUACCGAAGCUGAUGAUUCCACAACUAUUCCCUCGGACAUUGAAAAGCUAUUCAACGAAACUACUCUACCAUGUACGCCACAUGAAGUAGUUAAUCAUGCGUGCUACUUUUGCAAGUGCAACUUCCACGGCAAUCGCCAGCACUGUAUCUACACGUGUGAUCCGACAACCGGGCGCUCUGUGCUUCCUGGCUCGAAAAUAUGUACCGAAAAUGAUAAAUUCAGAUCAGGGUGCAAACGAUGCCGUUGCAGCAAGGGGCAACUGUUCUUCAAUUGCUUUAUGGCAGACCGAUGCCGACAAUUUUCCUAAACAAUUUCAU